AGGUCCCAGCAGAGAGAUCUCCUCGCAGACGGAGCAUCUCCGGGACCAGCACCUCUGAGAAAACCAACUCCAUGGAUGCUUCAAAUACUUCUCCUUUCAAAGUGCCAGGCUUCUUCAGUAAACGUCUGAAAGGGUCCAUCAAGAGGACAAAGAGUCAGUCAAAGCUGGACAGGAACACAAGUUUCCGUCUCCCAUCUCUCCGCAAUGCUGAUGACAGGUCACGUGGAUUGCCAAAGCUGAAGGAGUCCCGUUCCCAUGAGUCUUUACUGAGCCCAGGCAGCGCCGUGGAGGCCCUGGAUCUUGGGUCAGAAGAAAAAGUCUUUGUCAAACCACUUCACAGCAGUAUCCUUGGACAAGACUUCUGUUUUGAGGUAACCUACUCCAGUGGCAGUAAAUGCUUCAGUUGUUCCUCUGCAGCAGAGAGGGACAAGUGGAUGGAAAACCUACGCAGAACAGUGCAGCCAAAUAAGGACAACUGCCGUCGAGCUGAAAAUGUGCUCCGUCUCUGGAUCAUUGAGGCAAAGGACCUGGCCCCCAAGAAGAAAUACUUCUGUGAGCUGUGCCUUGAUGACACUCUCUUUGCCCGCACCACCAGCAAAACGAAAGCAGAUAACAUUUUCUGGGGAGAGCACUUUGAGUUCUAUGGUCUCCCGCCUCUUCACAGCAUCACAGUUCACAUCUACAAGGAUGUGGAGAAGAAGAAGAAAAAGGACAAGAACAAUUAUGUAGGCCUGGUCAAUAUUCCCAUGGCCAGUGUAACCGGUCGCCAGUUUGUGGAAAAAUGGUACCCAGUCAGCACACCUACACCCAACAAAGGGAAAUCAGGGGGACCUUCCAUUCGGAUAAAGUCCCGUUAUCAGACCAUCACCAUCUUGCCCAUGGAGCAAUACAAAGAAUUUGCAGAGUUUGUUACCAGCAACUACACUAUGCUAUGCUCUGUGCUAGAACCUGUGAUCAGCGUAAGGAACAAGGAAGAGAUGGCUUGUGCUUUGGUGCACAUUCUUCAGAGCACUGGGAGAGCUAAG